AUGUUUUGCCUCCGAAGCUGGUUACCACUUCUCUUCAUUCCAACCAACGCAUCCCCUCUUUUCAUCAUCUCCUUCGUCGCCCUGACCUAUAUAAUCCACCGGCCAUGCAUCUACUGUUCAGCCCUGCUGCUGAUUCUCUUCAUCUCGUCCUGCCACUGGGCAGACCGCUGCAUCUUUGAUCUGCGCAGCAACUGGUUUGCGCCGCGCUACAGCUCCACUCCCGAUUACUAUUCCUCAAUUUCGGGCAACGGCACCUCUGCGGUAGUCGAUCCCAAUGAGAGUCUGGCCGGUUUUGUUUUUGAGACUAUCAAUUCAACAGCCAAGACGUUGGCGGGCGCCGCGGUCGAUGGUGUACAACAGCAGCUAGCUUCGCGCGGACUGGAGUCCAGACCGGAGGAGUGGACGGGCGUGGGCUUGGAGUGGUUGCGGAGUCUACUUGGACGUCGGGAAUGGACUCUUCCUUGCGUGGAUGUCAAGGUUCGCCUAUGA